AUGGUAAUUGCAUUUUCUAUGCACUUUACUAUUAAAAUAUGUCAAUUUUUACAACUUGACACUGGAAUCUUAGCCAACACCUUCCUCCUUCUCUUCCAAAUCUUCAUGUUCCUUCUGGAUCAGAGGCCUAAACCCACUGACCUAAUCAUCUGUCACUUGGCCCUUGUCCACAUAAUGAAACUCUUCAUUAUACUAUUUUUGUUGCCUACAGAGCUGUUUGAAUCACCAAACUUUCUGAAUGAUUUCAAAUGUAAGGUUUUAUUCUACAUGAGCAGAGUGAUGAGGGGUCUCUCCAUCUGUACCACCUGCCUCCUGAGCAUAAUCCAGGCCAUCAUCAUCAGCCCCAGCACUUCCUGGUUGGGCAGAUUUAAACAUAAAUGCACACAUUACAUCUUCCAUUCCUUUGUCAUCUUAUGGUUUCUCAGUUUGUCUCUCAGUGUGAACUCCAUCUUUUAUACUGUUGCAUCUUCUAAUACAACCAACGACAACCUACUGAAUGUCAGUAAAUACUGCUCACUUUCCUCCAUAGCCCCCACCAUCAGGGCACUGCUUUUCACUUUGACAUUAUCCAGGGAUGUCUACUUCGUUGGAUCAUGCUGUUCUCUGGUCUCAAGUGCAUACACGGUGACUCAUUUGACCAUACAUCAGAGGCGUUGCCAGCACCUUCACAGCACCAGUUUCUCUUCAAGAGCAUCUCCAGAGAAAAGGGCCACCCGCACUGUCCUGUUGGUGAGUUUCUUUGUGGUUGUCUACUGGGUGGACUUCAUCAUCUCAUCACCUAUAAUCCUAUUAUGGGCAUAUGGCCCUCUUAUACUAGACUUCCAGAAGCUUUUGAGCAAUGUUUAUGCCACUGUCAGUUCUUUGGUAUUAAUUUGUUCUGAUAGAAAUAAAAAUAUGUUGCAAAAAUGUAGCAAACUCACAAUCAAUUUUAAACAAGUUAAUCAUGAAAUAAUUAUCCAAAAACUCUUUUUCCUUUUAUUCAAAUGA